AUGGACCCUGCUGCUCCUGCUGCUGUGGUGCCUGUCCCAGACCUGGCCUUGGCCCUACCACCAGUUUCCCAGGAACUCCCUGGCCUAUUACACCCAUCACCCCUUCUCUCUUCUGGACAAGAAAUACCUGGGAGUGAAAGAGGAGCUUGUCUUUGGAGGCCCUGGCUGUCCUCCACAAAUGACCCCCCAAGGCAGGUGAGGAAGUUGGUGGAUUGGGCUGCUGGUGGGGUAACGGCCACUGAGGCCACCAAGGCUGACUCUGAAUUCCAUCACCCCGUCAGGCUCUUCUGGCCGAAAUCACGCUCCUUUGACUACCUGUAUAGUGCUGGGGAAAUUUUACUGCAGAAUUUCCCUGUUCAGGCCACUAUCAACCUAUAUGAGGAUUCUGACAGUGAAGACGAAGAAGAAGAGGAGGAGGAGGAGGAUGAAGAGGAGAAAGAGGAGGCUAAUAAAAAGGGGCCAGAAGGGUGUGUGAGAAUACCAGGGCCUGCACCACACAGGGCCACAGCUCCUCCUGUCCAAACUGAAGCAGUCACUGAUUGGCAAGUUUCCAAGGGCCUUUCCAAGGGACACCUUUCUGGACUAAAAACUGGGUCCUCAAGCUGCCCAGCUCAUCCUGGCUUACCCAACUAG